AAGUUUCGCUCACUCCGUCGGGAAGCAGCAGCUCCGUUGCUGUAAGAUCACGGCCCAUCCCCUUACCGAAGGCUCAUACACAGGCCCUGCCUGUCUGCGAUUCCGGUGAGGUUUCUCUUUCCCCAAGCUUCGGACCCACCGUGGUGGUGCGAUCGUGUGUGUCUACCAGCCGUGCAGCAUAGCGACCGUAGCGGCGUGCAUUGUGCAACGACGACAUGCACAAUCGAGCAUCGAACGCAUAACGAGCAGAAACCGAACAGCGAAAAAGAAAUAAAAACAAAUCCGUGGUGUAGUUUUCGAGGUUUUUGGGCGUGUGAAGAUACCGAUUUAUGUGUGUUUGAAAUAAAAAAAAAACCUCUCAAAAAACAAAAAUCCUCAUCGAAAACGUCACGGCGUCGGAAGUGAAUAUUUGGAGCGUACUGGUUCGUCGCCUGCACGAUCGUUCAAGUCCUAUGUGCCGGGCAUUCGUAAUAGUGUCGCGACAGUGGCGGGUGGCCCGAAAGCCGUUGUCUGCCUAGUUCCGGCUGGUGGGACCGUGCAGUGAGCGCACAAACGCGGGUGUACCGGUGUGUCGCAAUCGAGCAACACAUUCGUUCGGGCUCGUUGCAAAGCGCUAAAUCAAACGGCACAGCGCAAACGUGUGCACGAGUGAGCGAGCGGGAACCUGAAGUAAAAAAAAACAACCCUCUGUCCCCUUUUCUUGCACCCGAUCGCCGUGGAGAAAUCGAUAUUGUGCAAUCCUUCCUCUCGGGUGUCGCGCACCAACCAAGGGUCGAUAGGAACGUAAGCGAGAGAGUGAGUGAGAAACGUGUCUGCAAGAAGAAAUCGAAUGCAAAAUUGUCAACCGGAGUAAACAGAGUGAUUCGAGCAGCGCCAGUGAUCGUUCGAGUGAAUCGUUUGCCGAUAGAAGAGAGAAACGUCCGAGUUAGAGAAGCGUUAGAGUGGGCGCGAGCUCCCUUUAGCGUACUGCGCGAUCGCAACCCCGUGCUUGGUGCAAAAGAGACGGAGACGGUGUGGUGCAAUUCGAAAGGAAAAUGCAGUGAUACACUUUCCGUUUGAAAAGAAAAGUUUCACACUCGGUUGGAGCACAGCAAAAAAAGGGAGGCUGUGCAGUCGGGGUGGAGAGAAACAAGAGGGGGUGUGGGGAGUAGAAAUUGGCUCCACACAGCAAAACGAUACGCGUGCGGUGUGUGGGUGCAUCGCCGAUCGAGCCUGGGGUGUUGCGGCAAGAAGUGUUUGCAAAUCGAUAGGAAAAUGUUUCAAUGUUCCAGCGUUCGAUCGAUCUAAUUGAUCGAAGUGUCGUAUUUCGCCCUUCAGCACGCUGAAUCCGAAUCCGAGAAAAAGACCGGCAUAAAGCGAAAGUGUGUGUGUGAGAGUGUGCGUGUGUUGGUAUUGAGGUUGAAAUUUUCCCGUUCAUUCCCGCCGUAGAGAGGGAAAGCAGCAGGAGUAAGCUGCAAGGUCGAGACGGAUUGUUGCAGAAGCGAUCAGCAGCAGUGGUCCUGCAAAAGCAACACCAUGGGUGGCAGAAGGGCAGCAAUGCCAGCGCCGUCGUCCGCCAUGCUUUGGCUGGCGGUUUUGUGUAAUCUUGGCUUGGUGUUGCCAAGAUCGGCAGCUCAGCAGAACAACAACUUCUACUUCGCACAAUCGCAGGGCCGGUUUGUGCCAUCGUUCGAGAACCCGCGGAACGGUUUCUUCCCGUCGGCGUUACAGCGGCAACAGCCGCCACCGGACUCGUACCAGGAGCAGACCCUGUUCGUCAAUAGCAACAACGUGGACCGAGGCAACGGUGCAAGCGAUGGCGCUGGUACCCGCGGUAUCACACCGUCUUACUAUCAGUUUACCUACACG